AUGGCACAUACUGAAAUCAAUGGCAAUGGUAAGAGGAAGACACGAAAGGGUUUGGGCCUCGAUAGGAAACAAUCAAGUCCGAUGAUGCCAACCUUUAUGGUUUCUGCGCCUGGCAAAGUCAUUGUGUUUGGAGAACAUGCAGUGGUUCAUGGCAAGGCUGCAAUCGCUGCAUCCAUCUCUCUUCGAUCCUACCUUUUAGUCACUGCACUCUCCAAGUCGAGACGAACGAUUUCUCUUCGAUUUCCCGACAUCAAUCUUUCACAUACAUGGAACAUCGACGACUUACCGUGGGGCGCCUUCUCUACCCCAGGGAAGAAGAAGUACUACUACGAUCUCGUUACUUCUCUCGAUCCAGAACUCGUCGCAGCAAUGGAACCUCAUCUGGAAGACGUGUCUCCAGACCUGCCGGAUGAUAUCCGCAAAAUCCACCAGAAUUCUGCUCGUUGUUUCCUAUACCUUCUAUUAUCUCUUGGUUCGCCAUCGUUCCCAGGUUCUUUGUACACUCUACGCUCAACAAUACCAAUUGGAGGCGGGUUAGGUAGCAGCGCGUCUAUCGCGGUCUGUCUUGCUGGCGCACUUCUAUUACAGAUCCGAACUCUUUCUGGACCUCACCCUGAUCAACCUGCGGAAGAAUCACGACUUCAAAUCGAGCGAAUUAACCGAUGGGCUUUUGUGGGUGAGAUGUGUAUACAUGGCAAUCCGUCGGGCGUCGAUAAUACAGUCGCUUCACAAGGAAAGGGUGUCAUAUUCCAAAGGACCGACUACGCAAAACCUCCCAAGGUCCAGCCAUUGUGGAAUUUCCCUGAGCUUCCACUUCUCCUUGUCAAUACAAAGCAAUCGAGAUCGACAGCAGCCGAGGUAGCGAAGGUGGGAGCAUUGAAGAAGAAACACCCUAUGAUCACAGAGUCAAUCUUGAAUGCGAUUGACAAAGUAUCAGAAGGUGCAACACAACUUAUGGGAAGUGAUAGAUUUGAUCCCGAAGAUCCAGAAUGCAUCAAGGAUUUGGGGGAGCUAAUGACCAUAAAUCAUGGAUUGUUAGUCUCACUGGGAGUGUCGCAUCCGAGACUGGAACGGAUACGAGAAUUAGUCGACCAUGAAGGUAUUGGCUGGACGAAGCUUACAGGUGCUGGUGGUGGAGGUUGUGCAAUCACACUUCUCAAACCAGACGUACCACAAGAUCAGAUGAAGCGUCUUGAGAGAAGGCUAGAUGAAGAGGGUUAUGGAAAAUUCGAGACAACUUUGGGUUGUGAUGGUAUUGGAGUACUCUGGCCCGCUGUACUCAAAAAUGGGAUUGAGGAUGACUUGGGCGGCGAAGAAAUCGACCAGGACAAGUUUUUGAAUGCAGAGGGUAUUGAAGGCGUUGAAGAGCUUGUCGGGGUUCAUGGAGAUAACGGUGACAGAGAAGCUUGGAAAUUUUGGAGAGUUGAGGACUAG